AUGAAAAAGGCAAAAAAAAACAGAGAACCGCUGUUUAGCGUGGGCUCUUUAGAAUUGGGUUCUCUUCUCUUCUCUACUUCGCAGGCAAAUGUGAAGUCUCUCCAUGCUUUUUCUUCUCUCACCCUUGGACCCCAAGUCUCUGGUAUAACUCAUGUGGAUCCCAGGAACGCAUCUCCAUCGGCGGCUGUUUCUAACCGCACGGUGGCGUUACGAUCGGCUCGUCAGCCGCGUCUCUCUUACUCCUCCUUCGCUCCGUCAUCCGAGCACGAUCACCCGCCGCAGAGAGAGGAGGAAGAAGAACCGGAGGAGGAGGAGGAGAAGAGGACUUGGAAUCUGCGGCCGAGGAAGGCUUGCGUCGGAGGAGCUUCGGAGGUGAAGAAUCUGAAACCAAGCGGAGUGACGGAGCCGCCGCCGAAAUCAAACAGACAGAGAGGAAUCGCGGCGGAAUCUCCCGGCGUCGAGGUUAAAAACGAGAACCACAGGCUUUGGGUCGCUCUCUCGAGAGACGAGAUUGAAGAAGACGUGUUCUGUAUAAGCGGGAACAAGCCAUCUCGCAGACCAAGAAAGAGGGCCAAGACAUUGCAGAAACAUCUCGAUGUUAUGUUCCCUGGGCUGUGUCUUGUCGGGAUGAAUGCUGUUUGCUUCAUAGUAUCCACUUCUCCUGGCUAAGGUGGGUGCGCUAAUCACUUGCUCGCUCCAUUAGGCUUGGAUCACCAUACCCUUUUCAAACUACAUUGAUCCGUAGAAUAUGAUACUGUUGCUUUGUGUUGUAACAUUCAAUCAAUGACAAGAAACCCGUAACAGGUGCAGAGGCGUGCUUCAUGUGUUAUCAAAAAGGCUUUUGCCUCAGGCCCCCAAAAUAUAUAGAUAUUUUAGGGUCCCAAAAUUUCAAAAUUCUUGUGUAGCAUAAUGGUCUUAAUAAACACAUUAUCUUAUCAACUGAAGUUUGAAUCCUCACAGUUGCUCUUCUUUUCUUUUAUCAGAAAAAAAUAUUUUGUUUUAUUGUCAAUUUUCAAAAAUCCUUACUAAUAAAAGGGACCUUUUGAGGCUCCAUAGAACGUCCACAUCAGCAAAAAAAACUUCUCCCGAAAGAUGACACGUGGCAUAAAAUAUAGUUUUAC